ACUUUUUAAACCGGUAAAAGAUGUAAGUCAUAUCGGUGUCAGUUUUGUUUUGAUGUUUUCUUUUUUGUGUGUGAGAAACUUAAAACUGAUUUAAUAUAAAAGUAGCCAUUUUUUGACGACGUUUAGUGAAGUCGCAAUGGACGAGAAAGAGGCGUACACGCAGAGACUGAAAGCAGCUGUUCACUACACUGUCAGUAAACUUUGCCAGAGCACAGCAGCGGACUGUGAGAAGGAGAUGAGCAGGCAAGCCAUGGCUGCAAUUGCUGAAACGACUUUCAGACAAUGUGAGAUAUUUGCACAAGAUCUGGAGGCCUUCGCAAGACAUGCCAAAAGACACACGGUCACUGUGGAUGAUGUGAAACUUCUAGCAAGAAAGAGUGCAGCACUGUCCAGCCACAUCCAGCAAAAGAGUGAAGAAAUGGCAAUAAACAACCAAGAGCUGAAGGAGAAGAGGAAGAAGAAUGCUACCAAGAGAAAGACUAAGGAGAUGGAGGGAAAUGAAGGAGAGACAGAGACCUGAUUCACUUGACCACAAACCCACUGCCUGACACUGCCAGUAUAGACAAGAAGUGUAUAGAUAUUACUAAGGGGGGGAGGAACCACAAACACAUGGUCUGACUUUUUCAGGAAAAAUCUUUACAUGAAGUGUAUCAAUUAAUUACUCAUAGCCAUGCAUCAAGAUUGUGUAUUUUAUUGUAAUAUAGAAGAUGCAAAACAUUUUCAUUGCCUGUGAAUGUAAGAAAUUUGAGUGUGUAUAAAACAGAUUUGAAGGGUGAGACAUUUAAUAAAUAUAUCUGGAAUAAACUUUGUUUAAUUACAAAUCCCAGAAUUGACCCCAUUUUGACCAAAAAAAAAAAAGUGAGGCACAAAAAUGACCAAUUAUUGCAUUAUGUAGCAAACUCAAAUUUUAUACAAAACCAGUGUUUUGCCAUUUUGCACCAGAAUGUUUGGGCCAUUGUUAUGGAUCCAGAUUAAGCUCAAUUAAUCCUGCAUUAAAUGAGUUACUAGCAGCACAGGGCCAAGCUUAAGCUGGCUCUAAAAAUGAAGCCCAACAUUGUGGUGGCUGUUGGUUAGAUACAUUCUACAGUCUGUAUUUCUGUUACCAGAGAUGCUAAUGCUGUAAUGGGGAACCAGACACUCCUCCGUCUUCCUCCGUCCCCAAACGGACUUUCCACCUGGGGUUCAGAUGCAACCUGCAGCCAGCCAUUUUCCAGGCCCCUAAAUGUGUGAAUUCAGUUAGUUUUCAGAUUUUUUUUCCCCCCCUAGUUCAAAUCACUUGAGGUAAAUCCAGUAUGAAAAAAAAACCCUGAUAUUCAAAUUAAGUUUUAUUGGAGCACUCUUUUCACAAGCCAUAUAAAAUAUUUUUGAAAACAUUAAGCAAAUGUUAUCUAGAAGAAAUUCAUUCCACAGACAUCCACAUCACUCAACAUACAGGUCUCACUUACACAAUCACUCGUUCUCCCACCCCUCAGUGGCCACUGAAGAUGUCAUCCACAAGUUCACACUUACAGGUCAAAAUCACAAGGAAAAGCACACACACCAUACAGCAUUCAGUUCAGUUUUAUAGAAGCAUGACACCAAAAAAAACAAAGUAAAAAAAAAAAAAAAAACUCAUCACAACAUUCCACUAGCUAUUUAAACACAUUGUCAGUAUAUGAUAGGAGAAAAGCAAAACGGGAAGCCUAGGAGGGAAAAUGUGAUCCUUCAGAUACAGGUAAACUAAUUGUCCAUCUGUUCAGGGUUGUGUAUAGGUGAGGCUGGGAAGUGUCAACAAGCUCUCAUUCACGCGCUCACAAAUGCCACCCAGUCAUAUUUCAGCUCUUUCAUCGCACUCUCAUCAGUCUUUUUCGCUCGCUCGCUUCCAUGCCUUCCUUUCUCUCCGUUCGCUCACUCUUCGCCACCACCAAGCGCACUCAACAGUUGUUAAAAAUGUUCACUUUCUCUGUACAGUUCUUGUGAAAUCAGAAAAAUAUGCUGACUUUAAAAAAAAAGAAGACACCCACCGUGUCAGCGAGCCGAGCGAAGAGAGCUUUUAGACAUGAGGAAGAUGGGAUUAUGAUCUCAGCCGCACAGUGCUGCCACAGAGGGCCUUCUUCUCAGGCAAAACCCACAGAUGGCAACUGCAGAAGAGAUUUCGAUGAAGGCUUUUUAAAUUUGUCUGGCUGCAAAUAAAACAUGUACUCAAAAAGACUUAAGUUUCAACCAGAUUCUUUCCAAUGCAAGAUUUUAACAAGCUUUCAAGAAGUACCAACUUUGGUGGUGUGUAAAACAUGCAUGUUUCUGUGAGCACAGCUUAAACUACAUGCAUUUUUAAGAAUCCAGUUGAAAUAUUGUGUCCCUAACCAAAAUUAACCAAUACAGCAUAAAGAGGGGGG